GAUGGUCACCCUCCUCGGACGCAGACAUUUUGGAUCCUGGCAGAAGAGCUGGAAACGGCGGGGACCACUACCAAGCCAGGCCGCACCGCCCCGGAAUGUGAGCGCAAAAGAGCUCCCGUGGGAGCGACAAAAGCAAGCGGCGGGGCGAUCCGCGAGCCUCCUCUCGGCUGAACAAGCUUUCAAAGAGUUGCCCACCGCCCUGCCCUCAUCUGAGAUGGCGGUUCCGCGGGCGCUCUAGCCGGCGCCUCUCCAAUUCCCAGAGGGGGCGGCGGCCUCGCCACUGGCUCUGAGGCGGCUGCAACGCCGGUCGCCACGAGCGUGGGUUCUGCCCCAGCCCUUGGUGGCCUCGCGUACGUGGACGUGGGGGGUCUCGGGCCUCUCCCCUUCCCCAGCCGGAUCCCCGGCCUCGCGGCCGCCUCAGCCGCAGCCGCUCCGGGCGCCGCCCCGCGCCGGCCGGCUGUAACCGCGCCUCGGGCCGGACGAUGCCCAAGAAGCUGCUGCUGCUGCCCCCGCUCUCGGCGUCCUCGACUCUCCGCGCCCCGCGAGCCAGCCCCGCCGCCCGCCCGGCCAUGAACGCCGCCCGCACCGGCUACCGGGUCUUCUCGGCCAACUCCACGGCCGCCUGCACCGAGCUGGCCAAGCGUAUAACCGAGCGUCUUGGUGCGGAAUUGGGGAAAUCUGUGGUCUAUCAAGAGACCAAUGGAGAAACAAGAGUUGAAAUAAAAGAAUCUGUUCGUGGCCAAGAUAUUUUCAUUAUACAAACAAUACCCAGAGAUGUGAAUACCGCCGUGAUGGAGUUACUGAUCAUGGCUUAUGCGCUGAAGACGGCCUGUGCCAGGAACAUUAUCGGAGUCAUCCCCUACUUCCCCUACAGCAAGCAGAGCAAGAUGAGGAAGAGGGGCUCCAUUGUGUGCAAGCUCCUGGCGUCCAUGCUGGCGAAAGCAGGUUUAACUCACAUUAUCACUAUGGAUCUUCAUCAAAAGGAAAUACAAGGCUUUUUCAGCUUUCCUGUGGACAACCUUAGAGCCUCACCUUUCCUGCUUCAGUAUAUCCAGGAAGAAAUCCCAAAUUACAGGAAUGCAGUCAUUGUAGCGAAGUCUCCUGAUGCGGCCAAAAGGGCGCAGUCAUAUGCGGAGAGACUCCGUCUGGGGCUGGCUGUAAUCCACGGAGAAGCCCAGUGUACAGAGUUGGACAUGGAUGACGGUCGUCAUUCUCCCCCGAUGGUCAAAAAUGCCACUGUCCACCCGGGCCUGGAGUUGCCCUUGAUGAUGGCCAAAGAGAAGCCACCGAUAACUGUAGUCGGAGAUGUUGGCGGGCGCAUCGCAAUCAUAGUGGAUGACAUAAUUGAUGAUGUGGAAAGUUUCGUCGCUGCUGCGGAGAUCCUGAAAGAGAGAGGCGCUUACAAGAUCUAUGUCAUGGCCACUCACGGCAUCCUGUCUGCGGAGGCCCCCCGCCUGAUCGAGGAGUCCUCCAUUGACGAGGUGGUGGUGACGAAUACCGUCCCUCACGAGGUGCAGAAGCUGCAGUGUCCCAAGAUAAAGACCGUGGAUAUCAGUCUGAUCCUUUCUGAAGCGAUUCGGAGAAUCCACAACGGAGAAUCCAUGGCCUACCUUUUCCGCAACAUCACUGUGGAUGACUAGCUACCACGGUCGCCUGGACUGCGGGGCUCCUGCGGAAAACGUGGGGAAAGCGGUGCCGUCGACUUCCAUCCCCGUGUUUCCUUCCAGGGGAGGACUGCAGACAGCCUGGAGCCGUGUAGUCUGUCUUGCCAAGUUCGGGAGGUAGGAGGCAUUGAGCUGGUCAAGGGGAGGACAGAGCUCAUGGAUAAAUGGCCUUAACGUCUGCCACCCUCAUUCUGUUCCUUAAACACAAGUUACGCUUUCCUGAAAAGCAGCUCUGAAUCUUACCGAAAUGGAAAAGGAGUUAAAGGCAGGUAAGGUCUUAACUCCGUAACCGGCGGUCGGCAGCGCGGGGAGCUGCGUGUGUCGGUGUGGAGCUUGGUUAGGGGAGCCGAGCGCCCGGCACUGUCUUCCAUUCUAGUUGUCCUCUCCCCGUCCGACCUCACAGAAGCCUUUCGUAGAAAACCCUCUUUUUCUGUGAGAGGCUGCUGGGCCUCCAGCCGCUGAACAACGAAGCGUGUGUGGCACGACCCCUAGCAAGGAGGUCCGAUUAGAGAGUAGCAUCCCGUCUCUGGAUACCUGCGUUGCUCUUCAACUGCAAAUAAAAGUAUUUGUGCUCUU